AUGGGUUUCACCGAUGCCGUCCUUGCCGAGCUGCGAGACGGCGAUGUCCUCAGCGCGGAGGAGAAAGCGCACUUUGUGCUGGCAGGCUUUGUCAAGGUCCGCAGCGCCGUUUCUCGCUCCGCCGCCGAUGCAGCUGCUGAAGCAGUCUGGGCAGCAGCGGAGCUGCAGGAGCAGAGCUGUCGGCGCUGGCCUAGCUCUUGGGAACGAGGUGAUGUGAUGAUGAAGCAGCAGAUUCCCAGUGACCUCCUGAACAGUAAGAAGCUGCACGCCGCUUUGGAUGAUUUGCUCGGCAGUGGACGGUGGAGCACGGAAGGACUAGAGGAUCUUGGUUGGGCACCGAUGCGCUUUCCGGCCUCUAAGCUGCGCUGCCGCACGGCAAAGGGAACUUGGGACGUAGAAGACACCAGGGUGGAGGCACCCUGCCAGUACCAUUUGGAUGGCUCUUGGUACCAGCAUCGACUUUUUUGUCCUCAGCAAGCCAUCAUAAUUUGUGUCAUAUUAACAGACACGGCGAUGGGUGGUGCUGGUACUGCCGUGAAGCUGGCUUCACAUUUUCACAUGGCUCAGCACCUUGUUGAAGCUGGAGAACAUGGUUUAGAUCAUGCGAGCCUAUGCAGGGAAGCACAGGCCCUCGAUGUUGAGCAACACCCGGAGUACGAGAUCUACUGCAAUGCCGGAGAUGUUCUGCUGCUUCAUCCACAUUUGGCACACAGUAGCACAACCAACGUUCGAUUCGGGCGUGAUGUUCGCUUGGCUCUCACCAAGAGGGCCUACUGGACCACAGGCCCAGCCACCACGUCAGAUUCUUUGAUGCCAGUGGAGUUUCCAUUGUCUUGGGCCGCAACGAAGCGAACGAGGCGGGAGCUGGACAUCAUCGUGGAGAGCGCACGCCAAGCAGUGACGCACAUCGGAGACUCUUCUGUGAUUCCAUGGCAGACCUUGAAAGAAGAACUGAUCGAGGCCCCAGUGGCUACUGUUGAAGAUGUGGAUGCGCGACUGGCCGAGUGUGCUGCCUUUUCUUCGGGGUCAGAGUCCGGUUGCAGCAUCGACUUGGGCUGUUUGCUUCUGACCACCGAGACCCUGCAACAUGUCGUCAAGGUCGCAGCUAGCACUGACAUAUCCAAGGAGUGCUGCUUGGGUUUGGCACGCUGUGGCCUGGGCCCAGCAGGCAGUUCUGCGCUUGGACGUUUGCUGCAAGCUCCGUUGAGGCUUACGCGUCUUCUGCUUCAAGGCAAUGCGAUGGGAGAUGGUGGAGUUGUAGCAUUGCUCGCGCUUGCAGCUGAAACUUUACGUACAGUGGAGACAUUGUCGUUGAGCUCCAACGAGUUAACUGAGAUCAGCUUGGAGGCGUUGGUAGAUGCCCUAGGCGGGGGCCAUGGCAACUUGCAAUGUCUGAAGCUCAACGACAACAGCAUCGGGCCUGAAGGUGCUGAUGCUCUAGCACGCUUGGUCUCCAUGCCGAGCCUGCGGCAUUUGGAGCUUCGCAGCUGCCCAAUCAAGGAUGAAGGCAUCCUGACUUUGAAGGAGAACUUGGAGAGCUCUCACCUGGAGGUUCUAGACCUGGAGAGAACACGUCUCAGUGACCCAGCAGCGGUCAUGCUCAAUGAUAUGCUGAUCGAAGCGUUCCCCUUCCUCCGCUGCCUUUCGCUGCGGGCUUGUCGCAUCACGGACCAGGGUGCAGUUCCCCUUCUGCGCGCCACCUGUGGCAGAAGCUUCCAGAGGCUGGAUCUUGGCCGGAACUUUGUGGGAGACGGCGUCAUAAAGGCCUUCGCAGACCUUCUUCCAGAUUUCGAAGAGGGACGAGGACUUGAGGAGCCGCUCUUGGGCACAAAUCAAGUCACAGACGCUGGAAUUGAGAUGCUUUACGAUGGCUUGGUCAGCUGCAGGGGAACCGUGAGGUUUAUGAACUUCACCAGCAAUCUUCUGACAUCGCAGUCUCUGCAGCGCAUGACGGCCUUUCUGGAUCUUUGUUGUUCCAAAAAAGAGCUGCCGCUUUGGGGCUUGGAUCUCACUUACAAUGACAUGUCUGUGAAGUCGGUUCAGCAGUUUCGGGCAGCUGUGGGUCGACUCUCCGGGACCUUCUCCAGGUCCUGGCAGUGGGAGAGGUGUUUCACUGCAGGAUGUGGCUGAGACCAGCCUGGUGACCCUGGUGGAGUUUGGUGCGAUGGUAUUUUGCCCACCAAAAGGCGAUCGCCCAUCACGAGCCAACCACGAGCAGCGGAAUUCUGCCGGCCUCGAUUUGGAUGCCUACUACUGGAACACAUUGGGAAAAAAAUGCCAAAUCUGAGGAUUUGAAUGGCAACCCGAGAGCUAGCAAUGUCUCUGCCACUUGGCAUGCUCUACAACAUUUGCAACUCAAGUUCAACUCGGGUGGAGCGACACGACUCGGAAGGUCCAGCUGAAACUGAAGAUCAUGAGGAUCACGGGAACCUACCAACUAACGUAUAGAUCAUGCUGGAACCAUCAAUUUGGAGCUUGGAGUUGACAGCAAGCUGGACUGCAAAAC